AUGGAGAUACGUUCUCUGAAUUCAGAAGAUUAUUGCCAGGUUCAACAAUGUGAAUUAUACUAUGGAGAAAAAGGCGGCCUUCUGAACAACGUGGGGAAAGGGAACUGCACUAUUUAUAUUCACGGUGAUGCUGCUGAAAGAUCAGGUAUGCUUGGGAGCCAAGGCAGCACAACAAGUAGAGUGGGAGUGUUAGAGAUGCAGUUAAACACUAAUGCAGCGGCAACUGAGGAUGCUGACAAUGGGGAUGUAAUUAAGCUUAGUAGGACAAAGGAUCAGGAAUUGCCUCUGCUCAGUUUUUCUUGCAUUUCAACUGUCACUGACUACUUCUCUUUCGUGAAUAAGUUUGGAGAGGGUGGAUUUGAGUCUGUUUAUAAGACCAAGUUACUAAGAACUGAUGUUGCUGUCAAAGGCUUUCUCAAAGCUCCGGGAAGGACUAGAAGAGUUAAAAAACGAGUAUACGUCCCUUUAUCUACAAAAUAUGAUGUAUUCAGCUUUGGAGUCAUUUUGCUAGAAAUUAUGAGUGGCAGGAAGAACUUAACCUCUUAUGGAUCAGAUUUCUAUCUGAACUUGCUUGGAUAUGCCUGGGACCUCCGGAAAACUCAGAGAUGUGAAGAGUUGUUGGAUCCAACUUUGGCUAAUCCAUGUUCAACGAAUGAGCUUCUGCUAUGCACUCAGGUGGGUCUCCUGUGUGUCCAAGAAAAUCCAGAAAAUAGGCCAAACAUGUCGGAUGUUUUUUCUAUGCUUAGCACUCAAGGAACAACUCUACCAAUUCCAAAAGAGCCUGCUUUUAGGCAUUUGAGUGUUAUAGAUUCUGAUUUACUUAGAUGCCACAAUCCUUCUCUAAAUUUUGUAAUAUUCACAGCAAUGGAAGCUAGAUAG